GGGAAAAAAGAGCGUUCCUAUCGUCGCGGGGGAAAAGAACGAUAGUGUUGCGCGGGCGCCCAAUGUCUCUAGAGGAGCCUAUUAGAAUCCAAAGAUUCAAAGAACUUCCCAGGGCCUCUGAUUUUGAGUCUCUUGUCGAAACAAGAAACGUUCCUGCUGUGUUUAGUGGAUGCACCAAGGGAUGGAGAGCGUUCUCCAAGUGGAAUCCUUCAAACGGAGGCCUUGACUACUUGCAGGAACGGGUAGGGUCCUUCAUGGUGGAGGCUAUGCUUUCUCGAUCUGCACCUAUCUUCUACGGUGAUAUUGGUAGCCAUGAAAGGGUUCCUAUAUUAUUUUCUACCUUCGUUGGCCUUUGCAAGAAACACAUACAAAAUAAAGAUGGAGGCCUUGAUGCUUGUUUUGGGCCUCUAAGACACGAUCCUGUGGGUUCCAAUACUGAACAUGGCUCUUUGCACUUGGAAGACGUUCCUGAACAGAUUUAUUUAGCUCAGGUGGCAAUCAUGAACAGUGAUCAUGAGGACAGGGUUCAAUUGGAAGCAUUGAGGGAAGACGUUCAGAUACCUCCGAUUUUGGAGGCAAAAGAGCUAUCUUCUAUCAAUCUGUGGAUGAACAAUGCUCAAGCUAGAUCUAGUACUCACUAUGAUCCGCACCAUAAUCUUCUGUGCAUAGUUUCUGGGCGCAAACAAGUUCUUUUAUGGCCUCCUUCAGCUAGUCCUUUACUAUACCCAAUGCCUGUAUACGGGGAGGCAUCUAACCACAGUUCUGUUGCUCUAGAAAACCCUGAUUACUCACUUUAUCCAAGGGCAAAAGGCUCAAUGAAGUUUGCACAGAAAGCUGUUCUUGAAGCAGGCGACGCACUUUUCAUCCCUGAAGGCUGGUUUCAUCAGGUAGACAGCGAUGAUUUGACUAUUGCUGUUAACAUUUGGUGGAGAUCCAAGUUAAUGUCUUGCAUGUUGGAACACAUGGAUACAUAUUAUUUGCGCAGAAUAUUGAGAAGAUUGAUAGACAAAGAAAUGGAUCAACUACUUGAAAAGUCUGGGAUGAGUAAAACCAAGGUAUGUGCAUACAAGCAACCUGAUAAUGGAAAACCAGAUCAUGGUGAUGAUAGUGAUACUCUGAUGUUAAAAGGGAUGAAGUUGAAAGGGAAAAGAUUUGAAGGCGAGAACAUGUUGCUUGAAUUAGAACCUGCCGCCGCCCAGGUGCUUCAUGAACUUGUUUCCUUGGUUCACAGCAACGUGAGUGUGGCUGAUCAGCAGCAGCAGUUGCUGCCGACUUCGAUAAAUGAUACUGAGCUUGGAGUGAGUGAUGAAUUUGAGAAGCUAGAGACUGCUAAUUUGAAGGAUGAUCCAGUGGCUAAAAUUCUUUGGGAUGUUGAGCCACAAACUCUCAGAAAUGCCUUUCUAGCUAUGGCACAAAACUUCCCAAGGACGUUAGAGGCUCUUGUGCUGCAUGUACUCUCACCUGUGGGAGCAGAAGUUCUUACUCGCAAGUUUGAUGAGAUGGAUCAACAAACUCUUGCAGAAGAUCGGAAUAGAUUUUAUGAAGCCUUUUACGGUGCUUUUGGUGACCAGUCCAUGGCAAUGAGUUCUAUUCUGAAAGGGAAGGAGUCAUUUGCUCAGCAGGCAUUCAAGAAUGUGUUGGAGAAACAUUUGGGAGUGAAUCCGGAAAGUUCAAAACCCGGGUUCAGAUGAGAUGCCUAGUGGUGUGAACUUUAUGGACUAAUUGGCCCACUGGGAAUCUUUAUAGAGCGAAUUGAUGCAUACUCGAAACUGAAGUUUUUUUUUUCUUUUCCAUUUUGGUACGUACUUUAAUUUGUCAGUCUUCCAACGUUCAACAGAUGAUGAUUACUAUUUUGAACGGUGUUGUAUAUGUCAGAUACAUACAAGCUAUCUUUUUGUUUUUUGUUUUUUUUGUUUCAAAACCAAUCUACAUAAUAACUAUCUGAUCAGUGUGUUUCGACACUCGAGCAACUUAAUACGUUGAAAUUAUGUUGGGCUGUUACAAUUACCC